AAAAGAAGUAUGGCGGCUACCCUGAACAGUGGGAAGUUCUCUUGUGAUUUUUAUGCUUAUUGUCGGGAUUACGCAAAUCUUUUUCGUUGAAAAAUUGGCCGCAUAAAAUGAUGUUUGAUACCUUUUCGGGAGAGUGGAACAGUUUGAUUCACAACCCUGGGAUUAAGAGAAACCUGUCGGUCCUUUUUGAAUAUAAACAUCCGCUGUGUAAGUGUGCGUUGAGCGUUCUGCUCCUGGCUGACCAGAACGCAGAAAGAUAUCUCUGUAUUCCCACGUAAUUAUAAACAACGAUUUUUUUCGCUUUGCACGUCUUUGCUUUUUCAUACAACAGUAUACUGUGAAGAACACCUGUCCAACAAACACUAGACAUGGACUGCUUCUAAUGCCCAAGCCAGUCUGGAUCUGGUUAAUUGUUUUGCAGCGACGAUACAAUGGCUUUAGUGAACUUUCUUAUUUUUCCUUUGAUAAUUUCCUCUGUAGCAAAAUGCUUAGACUUUCUCAGCUUCCUUUUGGACUUAAACUUUGUCAUCGUCCACACUGUGGUGCGGUCUGUUUUAGCCGUCGUCACGUUUGUAAACAACCUACCUGUAUUAUUUUGGAACUUUCUCGUUGGAUUUUGGAAUUGGAUUCUUCUCUGUUUGAUAUCCAUGGCAGAAACUACUUCACUCAUCUCCCAUGGCACCGUAAACAUGGCCGGAAGUUGCCUGCUCGCUCUCGGAGGAUUACUAGAGAGCCUGAAGAUGGUUGGCUACCUUUCUAUGCACGUCUUCCUCCGUGGAAGAGAGUAUCUCUACAGGGGUUUGCUGUUUGUUUUGGAAUGUUUUGGUAUUGCCGCAAGCCUAACGGUCUAUUUUGCUAACACGGUUGUCAACUACGUGCUUAUUUGCACCCAGAACAUGUACUCUGCUCUCAUCAGUGUUUGGCACACGGUCUCAAGUCCGCUACAGAAGGUUGUGGAACUCACCCUGACCCUCAUCACAUUCCUCUAUAGCAGCCUCGUCGGGACCUCCACCUUACUAUGGACGCCAUGCAAACUGGUACUGGACUUUCUGGUCUCACUGACACAGAUCUUCAUCAGUAUCUUUAUAAUGAACAUCUAUGGCCUUUUGCUAACCAUCACUAUCGCCGUAGCUACCACCGUCUACCUUAACCCAGAGCUGGUCCAUCAAGUCAGGCGACAGACUGUCCAUUAUAUCAAUGCAGUCCCGACCCUGCAAAGACUAUCCCUUGCUGCACAGACCCUAACUCGGAGCCUGCAGAGAGUACCCGGACAUGUCCCUGGGGCCCUAAGACAUGCCCAAAGACUCCUCCGACGCCUGUACCUGCAGGAGAGGUGGCUCUGGAGGCAGCUGUCUCAGCAGGGCAGCUGGCUGAGCCUCACUCUACGAAUGCGAGCUUGGAGGAACAACAAUAACAACAACAACAUCGACGCCAGAGUGGGCGGCGACGGGGACCCUGGAGAGGAGCAGCGGGACCCGCCAGAUGGGAGUGCAGGAGACGCGCCCUACCGGGAGCAACCGGACCAGGAGCAACCAGACCGGGCCUACCCCAGCUCCAGCAAGGUCCGACCCCUGAAGCAGCUCCGGGCUGCGGGUAAAGAGGAGGGCCUCCCAGUCCCGCAUGCCAAGAACCUGCUGAGUCUGCUCAAGGAGCAGGAGGAGAGGAAGAAGUGUGUGAUCUGCCAGGACUGUAGCAAGACUGUGGUGCUGCUGCCCUGCAGGCACCUCUGCCUGUGCAGGGGCUGCACGGACAUCUUGCUUCGGCAGGCCCUCUACCGACAGAACUGCCCGCUGUGUCGACACAUGAUCCUGAACACGAUGGAUGUGUACCUCUGAGGGCCCGCAGCCCCCCGGCUGGGGGGGGGGGGGGUUCAUCCACCACAUACCAAUGACCACUCAAACAGUGUGCUUUCUUGUUUUUGACUGUUUACUGAUGAUUUUGUCGUUGCCUCAAGACCACAGGCCAAUACAAGAUCCGCAAGCAUUUUAUGUUGUGUGAAUUGUAGAAGAGAUAUUGGGUUGUGGUCGCAACUGUGUUUAUAUGCUUAUAGAAAUACUAGACUAACAUCUGAUGCUUGUGCUCACUUUGCUGUAAGAGCAGCAAAAAGGGUUUCUGACAAAAGCUGCAGGGAUAAGCAGUGUGUUGCAGAAUGCUAUCUAUAAGAAUUCCAAUACAAUGUCAUUUUUGUUGCAUAACAUUGUAUAGUCUGUGAAACAAGUAUGCCUUAACGCAUUUGAACGAGAAAGAGACAAAUCCUUUGCUAUGGCUCUGAGACCUAUAUGUGCCAAUGGACACAACUACAUUGUACUUUCUUUGCUAAGGACCUAAUAACACCUGUUUAUAAACUUGAAAGAAUCCACUAUGAGGAAAUGAGCUACUUGUGGUUGCCAAAUACAAUCUCUAAUUUGCUCUUUCUAAUUCCAGUCUUCCAUCAUCUGAUAGCUAGUAAAAGGUUAGUCAUUGAAUAAUUAUAAUGUUUUAAAACAUACUUUUUUCUCCUGUUAAGGGACCAUACAUGUAAUUCUGUUGACCAUGCUUUACAGGUCUGCUUGCUUAAAAAUAUUAUUAGAGUCUAAUCAUUAAAAGAGGUGUCAUGUGCCUUCCUGUCUUAUUUGACAAAUUAUAUAUAUUUUUGUAAUUGGCUAUGUGUGACAGAGCGAAAGGAUAAAUGGACAAUAUGAUGCUUUGUGAAAACACCGAAUGCUAUCAUUAACCCUAACCAAGUAACCACUACUGCUGCCCCUAUCCAGCACCACUUUUGUAUCGUUUUUUAGACUGCACGGCCAUUUUUUGAUACGCCAAAGAUAGGAUUCAAAGUCCAAAUGGACCAAUUUGUUGUUGACCAGAGACUUGUAUUUCUCUCAGGUAUUUCUUAAGACCUUGACCCCAUCCCUGCUCACAUGAAUUGACAGUGUCGUCCAUUUUCUGUGUUGGAAAGGAGCCCACAGUGAGUUCCUGUGGGCCUGCUGGGAGAACUGACGUGACUAUGUGGCAUCAACUCAUGAAUGUAUUGUUGUAAAGUGUGUUCGGUCCCGUCUCGGAUGAUUUGAGUUCAUAAUAAAAACCAUUGUGUAGAGAAGGCUAUUAUUGUAUCAUCGAUUAUAUAAACAAAAUACACUAAACUAUCUUAACAAAAAAUAUAUUUUUCUUCAUAUUGCAGGAUGCUAGAACUCAGUUAGAAUUGCAGGAACCAUUUUGCAUUCCUUUCAGCUUGGUUUACAUUUCUGAAUGCUUGGUCCCUUUCUGACUGUCCAUAUCUGGAUAUAUUUAUUUGAUACAAGUCCCACAUAAACAGGCAAUAACGCUCCUUCAAACUUGGUAAAAGCUACAUAUUGUAGAAUUUGGUUCUCUUAUCGGCCCUGUGACUCUUGAAAAUUGUGUGUGUAUAAACGGCUCCUCCAGUGUUUGUGGUUAAUGUUCCCUGUUUCUGAGUCAUGGCCUGCAAUAGCAUGCAUCUGAACCUCUGUUUGAUCAUUUAGUCUUGUGGUGGGAAGAAAGGAAAGAUGGGUGAUGUCAAGGCAACUGUAUGAAGUCGAUCUCCCAUUCCUGGUCAAGGAUAUUGGCAGAGACAAUCAAUUCAGCACUCUGGACAGCACAGUUUUGCCAAUUAAUGAGUUUCAAUCAGUAACACAACGCAUAUCCUGGCGUCCAACCUAAGACCAAUUUGCACUCCAUGAUGGACAUCCAUGUGAGCCUCUGUCCUCAGAGAGAUGUCAGAGCCGUGGGUUCAGGGAUUGUUUAAUGUCUGCUGACACCAUGAGGCCACUCUGCAGUGUUUAUAUGUAAGGGAUACAGUAGGACCGUGUUAACAGAGAAGAGGAAGUACGAUGACAGUGGAAGCCAACAGAGUAAAGAUGUUCAUACCCAUGGGACUCGAUCUUUAACCUUUGACCCCAAAUCGGUCUUGGUUGGAAGCAGUGUGGGAAAAUCACACAAAACUCAAGUCGAGAAACUGAUAUAGUACUGCCCUUUUUUAUUUAUUUAUCUUGUCACCCAUUUUUCACUUUACUUCGUGGUAACCUGUCUACUUAUUUCCCUCUACAGACCUAUCUAUCUAUCAUUGUCAUCUCAUCGUACUCAGUCACUCAGCUAUCCGGUUCUCUGCAUUGUUGGACCCCCACCCACCACCCACCACAUUUCUAUGACUCAUCAUUUUCACACAGAAGAUUAGAUCGGUAUUCCCCAUUCUGCCUUGUUGCUGUGUGGGAAAGGGGGGGGGGGGGGAAGAAGUUGAGCAUGGAAAGAUGCAGAUUGUUUCAGACUGGGUUACUAUAUGUUUCGAUUACUUCUAUUUGUAAGGAUAUGUGGCCAUAAUUAUAACUAUAUGUUUUGGUAACUACUGUAUGUGCAUUACUAAGACUAUUGAACCCCAAGCAGCUGGUCAUCAAAGCGUCAGCUAAUGGUGAAUAAAUAAAAAACAAUACAGGUUGAGAAUAUCCAUACACUCGAGCAUGGCGCUUCCCGGUUUCAACCAAGUACCGAUGCUCACAACACUUGUUGUUUUGAUUUAUGGCUUGACUUAUGGAUCUUUUUAAAUUGUGACAAAUUAAUUGUCAUUGAACAUAAGACGU